CUCUACAAAGACAACGUCGGACUAACUCUAAAACCACAGUUAGUCCGACGACAAGCAACAUCAUGGAGCAUCCUAAUAAUAACGACGACGAGCAAACUGUUCUUCAAUCCCCGACCCAAUACAAAUAUUCGGAGGAACAAAAACACCUAGCAGGUUUUGCGGGGAUGUUUUUAUUUAUCGACAUAGCCACAGUUAUCAUCGUCUUGUCCUUAUCCCUCCCAUGUGACGACGAUAGUUGUUCUGGAUUUUUCUGGUGGAUUCUUACCUUCGCUUUAUUCGACGCAAUCGCAAAUUCACUCGUCAUUUAUGCCAUUUUCCGAGCCCACCCAAAAAUAAUUUGUGUCUGGUUGAUCUAUCGAUCCAUUGGAAUUGCGCUGGGCGUCAUUUUACUCGUUUACUCCGUCAUCGGGGGAAAUUGGACGCUUCACUCGGUUUUCUACUCGAGCCUUUCUAUCCUCCUCAGCAUCUGGUCAAUCUGGAUUGGGAAGACGCUCAAGGAAGAUAUGGAACUCAGUCCGUACAGUUACCGUAGGGGAUUUGCUGUAUAAUGCUCAUUUUAUGCACAUAUUGAACUUACAUAAUAAAACUAAAUAUAUG